AUGACUAGAUUGGUAGAUUUACCCAAGACAUCGACAUUCACCGAGAAAAUCACUCCUGAUGUCAAAAUUGAUAGCAAGAACAUUGCAUAUAAGAAUGAAAGUAAUAUUAUUCAUCAACCUCGAGUAUUAUCAAAAGGUGGAUUUUCAUGGACUUUACCAGAAGAAAGAAAAGAAUAUCAAUUCUUAACUGCUAAUGAAAAUGCAUUACAUGAUUUAGGCUUAGAUCCAGCCCAAGUUGAUGAAGAAGAGUUUCAACAGAUUGUAAGUGGGCAAUAUUAUAUUAUUAAUCAAGAUACUUUUGAAAAACGUGGAUUCCCAUUUCCUUAUUCACAAGCUUAUGCUGGGUGGCAAUUUGGUCAAUUUGCCGGACAAUUAGGUGAUGGUAGAGUAGUUAACCUAUUUGAAAUCCCUAAUCAUAAUCCUGAUGGAAACAAUCGUCCAUUUUUCGAAUUACAACUUAAAGGUGCUGGAAAAACACCAUUUUCAAGAUUUGCAGAUGGGAAAGCAGUUAUAAGAUCAUCAAUUCGUGAAUAUAUCAUAUCGGAACAUUUAAAUGCUGUUGGUAUACCGACUACUCGUGCAUUAUCUAUCACUUAUUUACCAAAGACAUAUGCGCAAAGACAUUGGGCUGAAAAAUGUGGGAUAUAUACUCGAUUUGCUGAAUCAUUUAUUAGAGUGGGGAAUUUUGAUUUACAUAGAUGGAGAGGUGAUCGUGAUGGUAUUAAGCAAUUGUCAAAUUAUGUCAUUGAUGAGUUGUUUACCAUAAAUGGAACUCAAUUCCAAAAUUUCGAUCGUAUAACGCUGAUUAAAACAGAUUUCUUUGAUGAAUCCAAACCUGAUAUUGGCGACAAAUUAACUGAUUAUGAUAAAAUGUAUUAUGAAAUCAUUGUUCGUAAUGCGGAAACCGCCGCAUUAUGGCAAUGUUAUGGCUUUUUAAAUGGAGUUUUAAAUACGGAUAAUACAUCAGUUCUAGGAUUAUCAAUUGAUUUUGGUCCCUUUGCCAUAAUGGAUAAAUAUAAUCCUAAUUAUACCAGUAAUUCUGAAGAUCAUGAAUUGAGAUAUAAUUAUUCAAAUACACCUACUGCUAUAUGGUGGAAUUUAACUCGUUUAGGUGAAGAUUUAGCUGAAUUGAUUGGUGCUGGUCCUGCCUUGUUGGAAGAUUCAGACUUUAUAAAGGGAAGAUUACAACCUGAAUGGGAAGAUGAUAUUAUAAAGCGUGCUACUAAGAUUAUUGAAAUUGGUGGAGAAAUUUAUCAAUAUGCUUUCACUAAGAAGUAUGUGGAGACAUUUUUAAAUCGAUUAGGUGUAUCUCACAAGGUGAUUGAUUCUCAAGACGUGAAUAAAUUAAAUGAAGAAUUUAUUAGUCCAUUAUUGGCAUUAUUGUAUAAGAUUCAAUGUGAUUUUAAUAAGUUCUUCUUGGUAUUGCAGACUGUAAGAGCUGGAGGUGACACGAUUGAUUCUGAAAAGUUGGUACAUGAAUUAGAAACAUCUGAAUCAAGAUAUUCUAAACAAGAAUUAACUAAAGAAAUAGAUGACUGGUUGGUUAUAUACCACGGCAUCAUUGCUAAAUCUCAUGAACUCGAACCAACAUUUAAUCCUCUUGAAACUUCACAAAAAUUCAAUCCAUAUUUCUUACCUCGUGGAUGGAUUUUAGAUCAAGUUAUCAAAAGUGUUGAAGAAAGUGAUGGUGAAGAAAUCAAAUUAUUAAAGAAAUUAGAAAAGAUGAGUUUUAAUCCAUUUGAUAAAUCAAAAUGGGGUGAUGAAGAAAAACAAAUUGAAAAAGAAUGGGAAUUACAAGGUGAUCUGAAUCCAGAGAAAAAUAUGCAACAAUGUAGUUGUUCAAGUUAG